AUGGAUCCAGCUACUCAAUCGUUUAAUCCAUUUACUCAACAGCAGUCACAGGGUUAUUUGAGUCAAGUACCAGAUGAAGACCAAGAAGAGAUGAAUGAAAAUGGUGAUAGUCUAAGUUCACCCCCGUUAUCACCAAAUGAUCCGGAAAAAAGUGGAACACACGAAGGAUCGAAUGAUGGUGUGGAAAUUGAUGAAGGUCCUGCUUCACCUGCUAUUUCUGAAUCUGAACAAUUGUUAUCACCAGCAGUCGUAGAAACACAAGAUGAUCGUGUUGAAUAUGACAUUGAACAACAAAGUCAAGUAUAUGAUCACAUUCCGAGUGAUAACGAAAUUGAAGAAGAAGAGGAACAAGCAGAACCAGAUGGGGAACAAGCAGAGCCAGAUGAGGAGCAAGCAGAACCAGAUGAGGAGCAAGCAGAACUAGAUGAGGAGCAAGCAGAACUAGAUGAAGAACAAGCAGAACCCGAUGUGGAACAAGCAGAACCAGAUGAGGAGCAAGAAAUAGUUUCGCGUACUCAACAACAACAACAACAACAACGUCGACGUGUUCAAAUAAUGGAUGAUUCGGACGCAGAAGAUGAUGAAGCAAAUAAAGAAGAAGAAACAUCAGUACAAAAAGAUAAAAAACAAAAUUUUCUUAAACAGUUUACGACACCAGCUGUUAAUGAUGCAUCAAAAAAACGGAAAAAACAGCGAAGUGAUGAGAUCGAUGGAAAACGGAAACACCAAUAUAAACGUCCUCGGCAUUCGAGUGAUGCCGAUGAAGAAGAACAGCAUCCAGAAGAAGACGAAUCAGAAAUACAAAACAAUGAUAAAGAAUCGGAUGUAGAAGAUGUUGUCGAAGAUAUAUUUGGAAAAGAAGCAACAGGUGACGAGGAUCAAGAAAAAGAAGAAGUCGAACAAGCAUCAGAUGAAGAGCAGGAAGAAUUAGAAGCAGAUUUAGCCGAUUUGACGACGGAAAAACAAGAUGAAGAAGAAAAUGAACUUGAUCAACAACAAGCAGGAACUUAUGAUAAUGAAGAUGAUGAGGAACAAGACGAAGGCUUUGAACGAAAGAAAGAGUUUGUUAAACCAAAUGAUAUUGAUGAUAUUGAUAUUGAUGUUAUUUUGGAGAGAAAAGCUGAAAAACGUCGUGGUAAAAAACGUCGUAAAAAUGGUGAUGUUGAUUUAAGUAAUAAUAAUGACGAUCAACUCGUGGCGAAAUUGAUUGACAAAAUGAGAAUAGCUACCGAAGAAGAUCGUAUUUUUAAUAAAAGUCGUCAACCUGCAACAGCGAAACUGUUAUUAUUGCCAGUUGUUGAGCAACAAUUGUACAGAGCCGAUUUAACUGAUACAUUUCUUGAAAGUGGUUUGUUGGACGUUAUGAAAGACUGGCUUAGUCCAUUGCCUGAUAAAAGUUUACCCAAUAUCAAAAUUCGUGAAUCAUUCAUUAAAAUAUUACAACAAAUGGGAACAAUAUCGGCUUAUCUAUUACGUAAAAGUGGCAUUGGCAAAGCGUUAAUGUUUUUGUAUAAACAUCCACGCGAAACUCAAACAAAUAAAAUUAAACUAAUCAAAAUUAUACAUGAUUGGGCUCGACCAAUAUUUCAUCUUGAUACAGAUUAUAAACUAUUGUCACGAGAAGAACGUCAACUACGUGAUCAAGCAUCACAAUUAAAGAAAAAUUUGACAUCAUCUCGUACAACAAAAACAAGAAAUGCCGAUGUUGAUUUACCAUUUUCAAAUGAUCAACUACAAGAUGAAGAGCCGGAUGCUGAUGAUGUUGCUUGUCCACGAGCUCGUGUGCCACGACCAUCGACAAAAGAUUACGUUGUUCGACCAACGUCGACUGUUGAUUAUUCCGAUAAAAAGGUAUUCAUAAGAAAUGUUUUGGGACUACAACUUGAAAUUUGUUCACAAGCACCCUUAACUGGAUUUUUUCGAAAUGGAUAUUGUGCAACAUGUCCUGAAGAUUUUGGCGUUCAUACCGUUUGUGCACAAAUGACAGACGAUUUUUUAAAUUAUACAAAACAACAAGGAAACGAUUUAUCUGCACCUCAAGCACAUUUUCCCGGUUUAAAAAGUGGUGAUCGAUGGUGUUUGUGUGCUGAACGAUGGAAAGAAGCAUUUCAAGCUAAUUUGGCACCACCACUCUUCUUGAAAGCCACACAUUACAACACGUUGGACAUUAUAUCAAUAGAAAAUUUAGUAUCAAAAGCACUAGAUAAUCACUGA